CCAGUUUAACUAUAUAAACUCAUGCCUUCUCAAGAUAUAGCAUUAAUUCCCACCUAGCAAAUCCUCUUAUCAUCAUAGCCAUGAAGUUGCUGAACUUAACUCUCUUCUUCGCCUUAAUCUCAGCAACAUUAAUUACUGUCAAUGGUGUCGAGGCAACAAACCCAGAUGAUUACAGUACUGAAGAGCUUACCACUUCUUUAAGAGGGGUGAACCGGCUCUUAGCGCAGCAGAAUUUGGCGGCGAAUAAUAUGACUUGUGAUCAGUUUCCAAGAGUGUGUCGACAGAUGAAGAGCAGUCCAGGGCCAGAUUGCUGCAAGAAAAAAUGUGUAAAUGUGGAGACAGAUAAAUUGAACUGUGGAAUGUGCGGGUACACGUGCAAGUACACUGAAAUUUGCUGCAAAGGGCAGUGCGUGAAUGCUUCAUUUGACAACAGAAAUUGUGGAGGGUGCGGUAAGAAGUGCAAAAGGGGAGAAUACUGUGUUUAUGGGAUGUGCAAUUAUGCAUGAUCUAUUAUUGCUGGUUUUACGUACUGAUAAACUUGCAGAUGUUGAGUUCUGAAAUCUGAAUUAACACAACAGUGUAAUGCUCUUGUUUUAUUAAAUAAUUUGACUGAUUUUGGAUUUCUGCAUCAGUUGAUCUUCACAAUUUUAUAUUUAUGGAUCCCUUGAUUCUUGGCUUUGCCAUAACAGGGAAGAAACUUAGGUCAAACUGAACAUGUGUGCUUGGGGAAGGUGCAUAGAAUCAAGUUGUUUGCUUCAUCUUGUAAAAGAAAAUAAAACAGUUAAUGCAAUAGGA